AUGCUUGAUGCCUUAAUGGAUGCCGUGCAUGGUUUUGGGGUGAGCACCACCCAUUACCUGCAGACCAACUAUCAGGACACCCAGGGCUUGUUUCUCUGGGUGUCCUGGGCGGCAGACCUCAGGAACACCUUCUUCAUCUUCUUCCCGCUGUGGUUUCACCUGCAGGCAUCAGUGGGCAUCAAGCUCAUCUGGGUGGCCGUGAUUGGAGACUGGCUGAAUUUGGUCUUUAAAUGGAUUCUGUUUGGGGAGCGGCCCUACUGGUGGGUCCACGAGACAGCCCAUUACGCUAACACUGUCCCUCCUCACAUUGAGCAGUACCCCAUGACCUGUGAGACUGGCCCAGGCAGCCCCUCUGGCCACGCCAUGGGAGCUGCAGGUGUCUACUACACCCUGGUGACCUCCAUCCUCACCAUCAUGACCAGCAGCAAGAAACAUGGAAGCAAAAAGUCCACCAACAAAGAGUGGUAUCUGCAGGCUGCUCUCUGGACAAUAUUUUGGGGAGUCCAGGUGUGUGUUUGUCUCUCCAGGGUCUUCAUCGCUGCACACUUCCCCCACCAGGUCAUUGCUGGUGUUAUCACAGGUAUGAUCGUAGCUGAAGCCUUCAACAGAACUCAGUGGAUCUACAGCGCAAGCAUGAAGAAAUACUUCUACACCGUCUUCUUCUUGACCUCCUUCGCUGUCUGCUUCUACCUCCUGCUCAAAGCUCUCAGUGUGGACCUGCUGUGGACCCUGGAGAAAGCCCAGAAGUGGUGCAUCAGGCCUGAGUGGGUCCACCUGGACACCACGCCCUUUGCCAGCCUCCUGCGUAACAUGGGCACCCUGUUUGGCCUGGGCCUGGGCCUGCACUCACCCCUCUACACAGACACUAAGAAGAACAGCAGCGUGUUGGUGAAAGCAGGGUGCAUCGUCAGCUCUCUGCUCCUGCUGCACCUGUUCGACUCCUUCAAGCCUCCCACGCACACAGCAGCCCUCUUCUACCUGCUGUCCUUCUGUAAGAGUGCCACCGUACCUCUGGUCACUGUCAGCAUCAUCCCGUACUGUGUGAACGGAGCUCUGAGCCUGCAGAACAAAAAAGGAUCAUUAUAA